AUGAGGCCAGACUAUCACACGUUAACGUCCCGAGCCUGUGAACUGUUGGCCGGUGACAAUCUGCUUCCACGAUCGCCACUGCGACCUCCUAACGCCUUUCUCAAUCGAUUGGCUGAGCCGCGUGAGGUUUGCACUAGCAUGGCGAGAGCUCGAGGCCAAUCUACGCUGUGCUCUUCGCUGCUUGGCUGCAAGGCGCACCCAAUCUCUAUGAGCCGAUGGGUAACAGGCUCAACGACCGCCACUCGACUGGUGAGAACGCUUGUCACAAUUGCCUGCUGAGUCGUGUGUAUGCUCUCUUGCUGCAGUAGAGUUUGUCCAAACUCUGUCCUCCUUGACUUACGAUUUGGGAAUCUUCGCGUUGUGCACCACUGCAUCUCGACAGGCUCCCAGCCGAUGGGUAUUGAGAGACUUUUCCUAGUUCCUCAAAUGGAAAAAGUCCGAAGCUGAGCAUAUCGAGGGGAAACCUCAUCGAAGAUCAAGGGUCUAACUUGAGGCACUAUUUUUUGUAAAUGUUUGUGCUACUGUUAGUGAUGUGCAGGUGCGGGCAGUAGUAUGUAAUAAACACUCUGUCGUCAGUGGGCUUGAAGUUCCUGGAAGUAAAGUCUGCACUGGCUUAUUGCAGGCCUUUAACGGGCUGCGCUAAGUCCGUACGAGUAAUACCGUUUAGACUGAUGCUUUCGACUUACUCUAGCCCCUGCACCCAAUCUUGUCAUCAAUUGGCGGACGGGCUCGAAAAGUCAACCAGUGCAUGGGAGAGGGAACAUUGAGAUCGAUCCCGAGGAGGAUUCCCCCUCAUAGCAUAUCAGCGUAUUUCUCUAUGAUAAUUCGGACGUGCUCGUCUCUCACGACAUGCUAACAGUCGUGACUAAGAAAGUGGUCACAACUGAGGGGUUAACUCGAUUCUCAUCAGGAUUGAGCGUCAGGCCGCGGCGACUUAUUAAUAUGGACCUUAUAGCACUCGCAUACGCACCAGAUACGAGGCCGUCUAUGUGGUGCCCGUUACGUGUUGGAAUUAAGACUUAGUCGCCUGUGGCGCACGCUCAGACGAGUUACUGCACCCGCUCCCACUCCCUGUUGUCUUGGCUUUGCGAUGAGCGGUAGGUCGUGCGGAAAAGGAGGUUGAGUCGGAUAAACGCACAUUGAGGUGGUCUGAAGUGGAAAAUUUUUCCUACCUUUUCCACGUUAAAUAGGGUCAGUAGAAAAUGAUAUUCGAACUCUUGCUGUUGGGAAGAUUUGCGAGGCAGCUUAAUCAAGGCGUCUCCUCAGGAGUUCACUCUCAGCGUCCCCUUGAAAACGGAGUUUGAGGAACAAAGUUUUCUUUACGGUAGUCAGCAUGGUAGGUUUUAAUGAUCGUUCGCCAAUGUUCUUUGCAACAAACCUGUCAGGCUACCCGUCUUCGUGAAGCUUGUUUUGGAUUUUUCUAAGUUCCCCCUCGAUGCCAUUUGUUGAACAGCUUUUUCUUGCUCUUUGUGCCAAACACUGGACUAGAUUUCGUUUUUCUUGAAGGGGUACGAAACUGGCGAAGUUCGUGUAUUGUCCAGACCAAGUUUUUUUCCGAUAGAUGCUCUUUCGGACGCUACCGCCGGGUCUCCUGCUUAG